AUGAGAGGCGGGCAUGAAAGGACGAGAUGGAGCGACGGGAGGAAGCAAUCAAAUGAGUGCUGCAGUUGUUUCUGCUGCUGCUGCAAACUACACGAUUUGCCUUCAAGAGGCCCAGUUCACUGGAAGCAAGGCUUACGUUAUCGCCAAUUUUAUCACAAUCAACGUUGCCUCUACUGGAAGCCUCUGAAACAGUCCAUCCUCUCACCUUUAUCACCCACCCAAUACUCUUUCCUCAGUCUCUUUCUCUUCCCCUCUCUCCUCUCUCUCUCCCCCUUUCUACACACCCCAGACACAUUGUGGUAUGCAUGCAUUCCCGGGAGAACACAACCCGCUCAUCCCCACUCGAGCCGACAGUCCUUUAGUCCGUCCAGCCUCCUAGCAAUUGCUCGUCGCUUGAGUCAGCAACCUGACUGUCGGUCCGCUUUGGUGGGACGGCUCUCGAAGAUACAGGCAUCAAACUAA